CCGCGCAUGUGCAGUGCAAGUGUCAUUGAGCGAGCGAGUUGAGCGCAGGCUCGUAGAGAGAUCGUGGGAGGAGCUGGCGCUUUCUCGAUUUCAACCUCGGACGCUGAUCGAAGGGGAGCAUCCGGGAUCGGUGCAAAGGAGCAGCGCUUGCAAUGCCGUGCUCAGGCCCGCGUCCGCCUCAAUAGUGGAACCAGCCUCGCGUUGCUUCGGAAACGGGAUUUUAAAAGGUGGAGUGUUUGGAAGUUGGAGAACCCAAAGCUAACAUAGAUCUGAGUGGAUCGCAACAUCAGGACCUGAAUAAUCUUGUUCUCUGAACGUGGAGGGAGAAAUGUAAAUGCUUCUUUCUGUAAUAGAAAAAUCCAAGCAUCAGUUUGGCUUGGCGAGCACUGAGACCUGUAAACCUGACUGGGUGUGCCAGGGUGCGCUGAAUUUGACCGAGUGGAAACCAAUCUCAUGCUUAUGUGGUUGAGCUUCAACUGAUCAUCCAAUCUGCAGAGACACAUGAACAUCUGCAUCAUGGAGAAUCCGUGGAAAUGUGAGGACUGUGGCAAGGGAUUUGGUUACCCAUCGCAGCUGGAAAUUCACUUGCACGGUCACACCUCAGAGAGACUGCUCGCGCGCUCUGAGUCUGGAAAGGAGUUAACUCAAUUGUCCCAACUCGGCAAACGCCAACUUACUAAUGCUGAUAAAAGGCCUUUCAAAUGUCCUGCUUGUGAGAAGAGCUUUAGAAGUAGGAAUCAUUUGCUGAAGCACCAGCACACUCACGCUGGGGAGAGCCUAUUCAUCUGCUCUGUCUGUGGGGACAGAUUCACUAAGGCAGCUCACCUUCUGACUCACCAGCGAGGUCACACUGGGGAGAAGCCCUUUACCUGCUCCUUCUGUGGGAAGGGAUUUGCUCUAUCAUUCCACCUUCUGAGGCACACGUGUGCACAGACUGGGGAGAAGCUGUUCAACUGUUUCCUGUGUGAGAAGGGAUUCUCUAACUUAACUGCCCUCCAAACCCACCGGUUAACACAUAACGAGGAGAGUCUGUUCAUAUGCCCUGAUUGUGGGAAGAGCUUUAAAAGCUGCGAGAUAUUGAUCAGGCACCAACUCUUGCACAAUGAUGAGAGACCGCUUGGUUAUUUUUACAAUGAAAAUAGGUGCAGUCCCGAAGACAGCCCCGCUCUGGAAAGGACACUCGCCUGCUCUGUGUCUGAGCAAGAACUUGUUCAGGAUCCCCACCCUGAGAGGCAACAGUGCACCCCCAUUGGGAAGGGACCGCCCAUGGUCUCCGUGCCUGAGAAAAAAAAUGCUCAGUCACCCCAUCCUUUGUCGCAUCAACAACCUCACAGUGGGGAGACACCAUUCACCAGCUCAUCGCCGGAGAAGGAAUUGACCCAGUAUUCUCACCUUUUGGAAAGCCAGCUCGGUCACAGCGGUCUGAAGGCAUUUGUCUGCUCCCUCUGUGCGAAGGGAUUCACGCAAAGAUCCAACCUGCUGAAACACCAUCUGGUUCACACUGAAUACAGACCUUACAAGUGUUCUGACUGCGGGAGAAGCUUUAAAAGCAAACAGGAGGUAGCGAAGCACCGGCGUGUUCACACAGGGGAGCGACCUUUUACCUGUUCUUUCUGUGGGAAGAGUUUCCCUUGGACAUCCCAACUGCUGACACACCAGCGAGUUCAUACAGGGGAGAGGCCUUUCACCUGCACCGUGUGUGGAAAAGGAUUCACUCAGUCGUCAAACCUAAUGAAACAUCAGCGAGUUCACACCGGUGAGAGACCGUUUGUCUGCCCCGUCUGUGGGAAAGGAUUCAUUCAGUCACAACACCUACUGAAACACCAACGAGUUCAUAAGAGAAGGGAAAGGUUGGAUGCUGCCAGUAGUGUUGUUGUGGAACAGGUUGAGACCUAAUGUUACGGGCUGACCUUGAGAUGUACAAGAAAUGUCCGAUGGCCACCCUCUGCAAUGAUCAGGAUAUUGAACAAUUGGGAUUGACGAAAAAGUACUGCCACAUUGGAGAUUGGUUUAAGGCAUUGAUCUGUGGUACAGGUUGAUGUUUCAUCUAUGAAAAAGACUCUUGUGAAUUGUACAACUUAUUUUGUGAAGGUUUGGCAGGAUUGGGUGACCGGCAAAGGGUCAUACAGCAUGGAGAUUGCCCCUGCCCACCAAGAUCUACCAUCUACACUAAUCCCGUGCUUGGCCCAUACCCCCCUAAAACUUUCCUAUUCAUGUACCUGUCCAACGACUUCCAUGUGAAGUUAACAAUGAUGAUCUGCAGUCAUAUUUGUACUAGUUCCUUGUAUCUGUGUAGUGAGACACAAAACUGGAGAAGAUAGUAGAAGAUGUAAAACAAAUGUAGACAAAGAACCAAUAUUAGAUGUUAUUUUGGCCCGGUAGGAAUUUUGUAUACAGUUAUGCAUAUAUACAUUUUAGGAUGGGUGUGAAUGCUUUGGAGGAGGUACUAUAAUGCUCCCAGUGAAGAAACAUUACAGAUAUGUGAUGGACGUGUGUGCGUCCUUUUUGAGUAAAGACGUCGAAUGGGAGAUUAGUUAAUUUGUUCUGAAUAAAGUCUGAUUCUCACUCCA